AUGUCUCUCCCACACAUGUCAAGCACAAAACAUACCUUUCUACCUCUACUAGCAGAGCCGCGCCCACGCUCCGACAAGGCUUCACCUCUCGUCACCGCAAGCCAAACUAUCUGCACAUCAACAACAGAGCCAACCAUUCUCACCACCAACGUCGUGCCGCAGAUGGUGGACCAAGACCCGCCGCUGCUUCAACCCCCUCUUCCUGUCCCACCACACGACGACGACGACGACCAACGCCCAAUAACAACCGCGGGACAAGACGUUCAUGCUGGCGAGAACAAACAGGAAAGCGAGAAGCUGACAGCGCAUCCUUGGCCGGUUCCUCAUGCAGCAGAACACCAGAAGCAUGUCUGGUACGGCUCGAUGCUGGGCAUGGGGACAUCCAAAGUCCAGGACAAAUGGGGAUUUUCUAGCGCGAGCGUCUCGCGGUCGCAUACACCAGACGCUAGAUAG